UUGAUGUCCAGGACAUUUGCGUGUGAAAAAAAACACCUUUGCAACAUUUAGUUGGAAAUGGCAGUGUCAUACUAAUUAACGUGGAAGCAAGCGAAAUCACCUCGAGAUAUCUCGGUUUUAUCUUUACAAGAAUACCCAUUCCAAAGGCGUUCGGAUGAAGAAAAAAAACGGAUCAAGGAGCUUGGACCAGAUAGACCCAACUUGCAAAUUCAGCAGCAGUCAAGUGAUCGCGGUCGAUCUUACACUCGGUGCUUUUCCGGCACUUCUUAUGGAAAACGGAGUUGGCUAGCUGGAUGCGAUGUAAGUCAUGCCUUUUAUUGUUUUCCCUGUUUGCUGUUUCAAAGUCUUGGCACCGAAACGUUGUGGACAACAACAGGGGUUUGCGAUUUAAAACAUCUCUCUGAUAAGUGCAAGCGACAUGAAAGUAGCCGCAGCCAUCUGGACAACGCUAUGAGGCUCCAGUCUUUUGGGAAGCUUAGCAUUGCUGAACAGCUAGAUGAAGGCUACAGGAUUGGCAUUAGAAGGCACAAUGAAGAGGUCACAAAAAAUCGACACAUCCUGUCUAGAAUAAUAGACUGUGUAAAAUUUUGUGGCGCAUUUGAGCUGGCUUUGCGUGGCCACAAUGAGAGCGAGAGCUCAGAUAACCCGGGAUAUUCCGUGGCUUGGUCGACUUUGUUGCUUCUCUUGAUGGAGUUUUGAAAGAGCACCUCGAGAAUGCCUCUGUGUUUAAGGGAACUUCGAAAACCGUGCAGAACGAGCUGUUGGACUGUAUGUUGUCUGUUAUGAGGGAACACAUAAUCCAAGAAGCACAAAACAGCGAUUUUCUAUCAAUCCAGGCCGACGAGACCACCGAUAUUGCCACACAGUGCCAACUUGUGCUUGUGCUGCGCUACAUUGAUGGCAAAAGCAACGUACAGGAGAGGUUUUUUGCUUUUAUUCAUCUGCAUUCAACUACAGCUGAUUCCAUCGCUACAGCACUAAAAGAGCAUCUUACUGUCAUCCUUCCAGAAGAUCAGAAGAGUAAACUCAUCUCCCAAGCGUAUGAUGGAGCCAGCGUGAUGAGAGGUGCCACUGCAGGUGUUCAAAGGAAGAUUCAAGAUGUGUACCCAAAUGCCCAUUACAUCCACUGCUAUGCUCAUCAGCUCAAUCUAAUAAUGCAAAAGGCCACUUCUCACAUACCCAAAGUUAGAAUUUUUUUUCUAACCUUGGAGGAUUUGCCAGCUUUUUUUCAAGAUCACCCAAGCGCACAGAUGUUCUUGAUAAAGUAGUUGCCCAUAGACUACCAACAUCAAGCAGUGUUAGAUGGAACUUCCACAGCCGUGCCAUCAAUACAGUGUUUGAGCACAGAGAGGGCCUCAUUCGCUGUUUUGAAACUAUUCGAGACUCAGGUGACUUUGACCCUGUUACCACCAGAGAGGCAGGAGGCUUUGCCAUGCUGCUGGAGGAUCAGGAUUUUAAUUUUUUUCUGCAACUUUUCCACAACAUCAUGCCACACGUGGACAUCCUCUAUGCCAAACUCCAGAAGAAGGACAUAGAUUCAGUCCACAUUAAGGGGAGCAUCCAGCAGUUCCAGCAGGACAUACAGAAGAUCAGAAAUUCUCUCCAUUCUCUGGUUAACCAAAGCAGUGAAGGAGCUUCUCAACCAAAGAGGCGGCGGUUGCUUAGUCCAGACGUCCAUGAACGGAUUGCAACAGAGGUCUGUGACACCAUACUCCAACACACCAUGGAACGGUUCUGCUUCACAAGCCACCUCGUUAGUGCCACCCUGCUGCAAGCAGACAGGAUGAGUGGGCAGCAGGUGACGCCGUUACUGCACGAGUGUCUCCGGUGCGCAAUCAGCGGACCGACCGAAGCAGCGCGAGAACUCGCGCACCCCAGCGGGUUCUUUCCGGAUGAACUGAGCGCGCUCUUACAGGAAGCUGCGGACAGAAAGUGGCCCUUCGUGGAAGAGAAAUGGCAAUACAAACAGUCUGUGACGUCUGAGGACAAAAUCAACUCGUCCGACCUCAUCAGACAACAUCUGCCACAGUUACUGAUAUUCCUCCGAGACAGCAUCGUAGCCGAUGAGCCCAAGUGGGCCGUCGCGGUGGUCUUCUUGGUCGACCGUCUUCUGUACUGGAUGGACAGUUCUCACAUCCUUCUGAAGAUUGCUAAAGCCUUGCACAAGCGUUAUCCGGCGAUCCCCAUCGCCCCUCAGGUCAUUAUCAGACAAGCUCGUGUGUACCUGAACAGCGGUAAACUGCAGAAAGCUGAGUUCGUACUGAGCAGUCUGAUCAAUCGGAAUGCUUUAACAGGCUCCUGGACGUAUGUGAAGGUCAGUGAGCAGACGCUGGUGCAGGCCGUGAGUCUGCAGGUCAGAGGUCAGGUGCUACACAAGUUAGGUCUGUGGAUCGAUGCUUUCGAGCUUAUUUGGGCGUCUCUGGUGGGGUUUUACACUCUUCCUCAGCCUGAUAAAAAGGGCAUCGGGACUUCUCUUGGUCUUCUGGCACAAAUACUCAUCUCUAUGAAUGACCACGACUUUGACACGCUUCAGAAAAAACCUCAUAUUGACUUUAGUUUACUGGGAGAACAUCAUCAUCAUCGUCUGCUGUCGGCAGCUCGAGCUGCUCAGAUGGCUGUUGUGUACAGUCAAUAUGGAUCUCUGUAUGUCUUGACCAACGUGGUCGCCCAAGGAACCUGUUUGCUGUCCUACAGUUUCUCAGACAAACGUUCCACCGAAGAUCAGAAUCGGUAUCUGACUUUAGCCAAAGAAGCCUUUGAGAUCGGCCUGCUGACAAACACAAGAGAAAACAAUGUCACUAGUAAACUGGAGUUACACACUUUACUCAAAGCAUCUUACUGCUUAACCCUAACUCACAGAUGGAUGACGGGUCCGUCUGAGAGCAUCACAACAGCCAUGAGAGUGUGUCAUGAAGCCAUGACUUUAAUAAUCGAGUAUUCCAGCAGUGCAGACUUCAGUCUGUGUGCUGACAUCACAGCAAAGAUUCAACACAUCAAGUCAUUGCUGAACGUGAAAAGCUUCCGUAAUUCUGAUCCGCACUCCUUCGUUCCCGACGGCUAUCGUUCUGUGGAGUUUGGGCCUGUGAGGUUUGCGCUCGGCGAUUUUGCAACGUUCAUCGACAGUUUUAGAAAGCACCACAGAUCCGUGUGCGAGACGUUUGAGAUGAGUGCUCUGAGGACAAGAGAAGAUUCUGACUCAACCUGCUGUAUAACAGCGUUUCAGAUCGACACGGAACGCUCCGAGAAUCCUGAACAUCUGCAAGAAACACUCAGCAGCUGUCCGGAGCGCACCAGCCCAAAUCAAGAUGGCAAGGAUGAAUUUAUGGAGCAAAGUUUGAGAAGAAAGUCCAGUGACAAGUUUUCCUCCAGACAGGAUUCAUCUGGCAGCGGAUCUUCUUUUGUUCUGGUCAAUUCAAACUGUCGUACGGAGAUCAGUGAUGAUGAACAGUGCACCAGCGCUGGUCCUUCAAAACCCAACGUAGAUGAACAAAAAACAGGCAACAAAAAAGGAUUCCAGAGAGGACAAAAGCGAGCCACGCAGGAUCUCUGCAUGACUGAAGAUGAAACCAAUAACAGGAAUGACAUUGGCAAGAGUCUGAGAGUAAGAGCGUCACGUUCUUCUGACAGUAGCGUGGACUCUUCAUAUGAGCAUAUACCAGUCCAACCUCAAAGCAGCAUAGAGACCGUAGAGGACAUCCUAGACCCCUCCCAGUUUGACUGUGAUGUCACUUCCCUCUCGGUAACCAAUCAAGAUGCAAAGGUGAAGACUAAAGAUGGCAGCGUAUCCUCGUACUCUCUGGCCGAAAGCUUUGGCUCGCGCUCAUCUUGGGAGAAAUUGUCCGUUAGUCCUGUAACCAACGCUUCUGAGUUAACACAGAUGAAUCAUUCACGACGGAGUCCAUCUCACAACUUUUUGAAAGUACAAGAACGCGUAAAAGCGACCAGACCGUCAGCUUUUUCAAGCACAGAGGCCGAUCCGUUUGAAGAACUGGGAUUUGAGCAUCUGUCCGUCCCCGACCGCCAUCAAGAGAAACACGGACGCUUCGGGACCAUCUCUGAGUCGUGCCACCGAUGUUUCGAGAACUGCACGAUGGGCAGUGAUGUUCUCACAGAGCAGGACUACAGAUGUCUGUUUGCUGGAGUUUGUCAUGGUUGUUUGCUCAAAAGGCUGCCGAACAAACCUCUGAAAUCUCUGGACAGCAGAUGUCAGAACCGGGAGUACGAUGCCGUCGUCCUGAAAUACUCGAAGGCUUCUGACGUGUGGACGGCCUUGGAAAGCAGCGUUUUCAUCGGAGAACGGACCGGUGACUGUGGCACACAGAGACGAGCUGUGGAGGUGCUGUAUCUUCACCAGGAACAACUGCUGAGCAGAUACGUGGGUAAAGAGUAUCUGAAGGAGAAGGGCCUUCACGCACACCUUCAUGACGUGGAGCGUCAGAUGAGCGCACAACACUACGUCACCGAGUUUAAUAAACGUCUCUACGAUAGUAACAUCACAGCUCAGAUCUUCUUCAUCCCCUCGGAAGCGCUGCUGAUUCUGGAGAUGGGUCGUAUUGAAACAUGCUUGUCUGCAGAACCGUACAUGUCUGGAGAUUUCUCCAAGCUCACAAACAACACCAAACGUACAAAAACUGAGCAUGCUGCAACAAAGUACGGCAUCGCGUUCGGUCAUUUCACCUACGAGUUCUCCAACCACGAGGAAGUCGUGGUGGAUCUUCAAGGUUGGGUCACAAGUAAUGGAAAAGGUUUGACGUAUCUGACCGAUCCUCAGAUUCACUCGCUCCGAAAGCCCAGAUCGAGCAACUUCCAACAGACGGGAAUCGACAACUUCCUUAAAUAUCAACAUGGAGAUGAAUGUAAUGAGAUCUGUCGAGCGGCUGGACUGAACACAAUCAACACACUAAAAUCACGUGUAUAAUGUCAUUCAGUGCAAUGCCAAGUAAUAUUUGUUUUAUUUAUCAGCCCCGCCAGUUUUUCACAGUUGCUGAAUACAAUGAGAAAUCAACACAUUUUCAAAAGAAAUAUAUAAUUGCAAAAAAUUAAAAAGCUCUCAAAUUGUUUUUUACAUUUAAUAAAUUGUAUAUUAAAGUUAAGUAAAAAGGCAAAAGUAAGUAUUUUGUCGACGUCCAUCUCGAACGAUCAAAUACACACAUUCUUAUGUCAAAAGGGUUGUCUGUGUGAAUAUUUAUGUAAAUACAAUCAUUAAUGUCUUAAGUGAGCCUAUAGUUUGGUGUGAUGACAGUUUAAAGUGACAGGUGUCAUUGUUCUUUCAUUACUGACUGUUUAUUUGGUCGUCUUUACUUUAUUCGAUCAUCCUCAGAAAAUACC